UCUAUUUUUAUUAUCGUGAUAGAGUAAAAAUAGAAUAAAAGUAAUGCAUCUACAUAUAUUUUUUGGGUAAAAUGUUGUAUAAUUAAAAACAAAUAUCACGUAAUAAUGGAAACUUUAUGUAAAAUUCUAUUAAAAUUAAAAGAAAUAAAAUUUUACGCUAUAUUGUCAAUUUAAUUCUGCCUGUGGUAAAUUUGGGUAAAGUAGUACAGAGUCACGUGAUGCAUCAUGGCGGGCUACCAGGGAACUCAUAGAUAAUGCUCUCGUAUUUGACGUUUAUGUCAUUUUUUCCGUUAAUCUUGGAUAUUAUUUAUAUUGAACUUUAUUUUCGCCAAAAUGAAGUUACGCCUUUAAAUAUUGAAUUUAUAUCUUCAUUAUGAAUAAAAAUAUGAAUGCUGAAAACUUAUCAUAUUUAAGCUAUGAGAUAAAUGGUACUCGAUUUAUUGUACAAACUCUAUCUAAUUCAAUGGAUAUAACAAAGGUUGAAGGUACUAACGAUGAACAAGGUACACCGAAUAUAAAUGAUGAAAUGUCAUUUGGCAAAGAGGAAGAACCAAUAUCUUUGAUUUCUGUAGAUGGCCAAAUUUAUGCAUUUCAAAAUGGAGACUUUCAAGAGCUUAAUCUCAAUCAUGUUGAUGGUCAGAUUGAAUUAUCAGAUAAAGCAGUCUUGUUAUCAAGAGAUAUAGAAAAUGAAGAAACACAGUUCAUUACCAAUGGAGCUAUAAUAAUAGAGAAUAUCGAUGAUGACAAUCAGGAACGUUAUGAAAUAGUUACCGAACAAAAUGAUAACAAUUUUGUUAUGCAGAAAAAUGAUGUAAAUGCAAAUGAUUUUGUAGAAGUAGUAACAGCAUUUAAGUGUAAGAUAUGUACUUACACAACACAAGAUAGAGGAGAAUUGAUAGAACAUUUUCAAAAAACGCACAUUAAUCCAACAAUAGAUAUAGAGGAAAAAGAAGAGUCUGUAAAUGUUGAUGAAGUAAAACUAGUUUACAUGUGUGGAGAGUGCUCUAAUUGUUUUCCUUCUUUAGAAGAUUGCAAAGAACACAUGAUAAAUGAUCAUCAACUAACUAAUACAGCUCCUGAAAAAGCAGUUAGGGAAUACAUGACGAAUGAACUGAGAGAUCCUAAACUACAUAUGGAACAGAUAAAAAAUAAUUGUAAAAAUAAUCAAUUAAAACAAGAAGUAAAAGAUACUAAAUCUUUAAAUUCCGAGUGCAUACUUAACAAAAAAGCAAUUGAAUUGGCUGAAACAAAUGUAAGAUGUACAUAUCGUGGAUGUCCAUAUAAGUUUGCUACAGAGGAGAUAAUGCAACAACAUGUUGCUUUUCAUACAGAAUCUCAAAGUGUGUCAGCAUUUAAAUGUAGUAUUUGUAGAGAUCUAAAAUUUACAAAAUGGAGACAGUGUAGUUUGCAUCUCUGGAAGAAACAUGAGAUUGACGUAGGUCUUUUUACAUGUAAAAUAUGUAAAGCAUACAAAAGUGCUACAAUGGUGAAAUUGUUAACUCAUAUGAAGGUUCAUAGUGAAACUCGAGAUUAUGAAUGUUCAGAGUGUGGUAAAUGCUUUAAACAAGCAAGUCAACUACGUAAUCACCGAGUAAUGCAUUUAGAUCGAAAGACUUUAGAAGUAAAACGUUGGUAUACAUCAAAAAAAUGUGAUAUGUGUGGAAAAACUUAUGCAAAUUCCAAAUGUCUCAAAAGUCAUAUACAAGCAGUUCAUUCAAAGCUGCGCCCUUAUGUGUGCAAUGUUUGUGGUCAUUCUAGUGCUAGGAAAGCUAUGCUGCAGAUGCAUUUGCGACAACACACAGGUGAUAAACCUUUUAGUUGUGAACUCUGUGAAUAUAGAACUGGUGAUCACAAUACAUUAAGACGUCACAUUAUGCAACACACAGGCUUUAGACCAUACAAGUGUCCUCACUGUUCAUAUACAGCGAUUCAAAGUAGCAGUUAUAAAAAUCAUUUGAAAUCAAGACAUCCUCUACUAUCCGGUUUAUUCACAUGUGAUUCUUGUUCUUUUAAAACAGUUAAAAAAGAAAGUUAUAUACAACACGUUCAUGAUCAUGAAAAGGGUUUGAUUAAAGCAAAUAUUCAAAAGAAAGACGAUGAAAAUGUUGAAGUAUUUCCUGGUAAUAUUGCAGCAGCCCAACUGAUUUACAGUUGUUUAGGUGCCUUUUCGAAAGUUGGAGAUACAUUAGAAGCUAAUUUAAUGUCUUCUUCGACAUCUGCUGAUGGUACAUCACAAACGAUCACAAUACAGAUACCAUCGAAACAUCUUGAAAAUUCAUUGUCAUCAAGAGAAAAUAUUAAAAGUAGCUCUGCGAUAGAGCAAGAAGAUGAAGAAACGAUGCACUGUUUUCUAAAACUACCAAGAGAAGAAGAGGAAAAUAUUGAUACUGGUGGUAUAACGAUACCAGCAGAGCCUGAAAUCUCUACUUCUGCAACAAUUGAUAUUGAUUAAUAAAAGAGUGUGUGUAUUCAGAAGAGAGUCUCCGUACGCAGCAACCUCUCCUCGUGAUGAGACCCGGACAAUCGAUAUUAUUUGCGUUAUAAUAAAAUCUCAUAUAUAAUUGUAAACAACAGAAUCAUUUGUUUUAAAUCGUUAAUCGAUAAGGCAGAGCACGAUACGAAGAAGAUAUCCAACAUUUCUCCCACACAAUCUCUUUCAACGUCCUCAUUUUCGCUUGCAUCUUCGGCAGUUUGGAUGGUAUAAACAUCUGGAUUUCUGCAAAUUAUAUUAUACAUAAGUGGAUGUCAAGGUUAAGUCAUGUGUCACAUCACAAAUCAAUAUAUAAGUAGACGUGGAGCUAUUACUAGUACAAAAGAGGUAUAUUGAAGCAUUUAAAUUAAGGCAAAAAAGAAAAGAAAAGAAAAAGGAUAGAUAAUCUUGUAAAAAGAAGAUUACAUUUACCUGAUAAACACUCUACUGCAAAGACAAUAAAUGUAACAAUCGGGGUCAGGGGACUCCGCCUGUUCUGCUAUAUAAACUUCAGCUAAAGGUUCCCAAAAAUGUUCGCACAUACCGAAAAUGUAUAGUGAUCUUUCAUACAAUAAUAAUUUAUCACAACACCCA